AUGGCUCUGGAUAUCGUAGAUCGUCUUAUUAUCGAUACACUUAGUAGAUUGAAUGAGUCAUUUUUUGAGGAUUCCGUGUCAUUGAACAGUUUAAAUGAGCUAAGCCGAGAACAAAUCUUUGAAGGAAUAGUGCUUCUUCUGUGGAAUUGCGAUCCAAAAACACGUUCAGUCCUGACAUCUACAAAGAUGCCCCGUAACAUGGCGACGAGGUUCCGAGCAGCGAUGAAUAUUGUUGAUGCAAUUAAGGCCAUCGGAGUUCGAGACGAAAUUACCUACCAAACUUUGCUGUAUGGUCAAGUUAGAGAAAUGCGGAACGUCCUCAUUGGGCUUAUCGAAAAGCUUCCUAACACCACUCCACUGGUAGCUGAUGAAGAAAGUCACACUGUUCGACUGAUUCGGGAAGCGAUUUCUAAAAUUGACAGUGACCCUUCGCCGUCUGAAACCACUAAAUACUUUUUUUCUGGAAAGGAAAAAUGGAAACCGCCUUGUGGGGCUUGUCGACAACUUCCAUUUAACGGACGGCGUGGAAAUCUUGGCGAGGCUUUAAAGAGCGGAGUUGAGUGGCAGCGGAAUACAAUCUGCGCAUUCUUAGAAGCAUCGGCACUAGAUGUUCUUGACUUCACGCAAACUAGUUCUCUAAGUUUGCAGAAGAGUGUGAAAGAAAACCUUAAAGAGAAUGCACCUGAACCAGUGCGUUGUUUUCAGAAACAGGCUCAGAGUAGUGAGAGGUAUGCUAAGUUGAGCAGAUUGAAGGAAGAUGAAUCAGUGAAUAACGAUCGUUUAAUGAAACUCUUUGUAUCACCUGAAGCUCUGGUUGCUGUCACUAAUUAUGUUGAUGAAAGUGAAAAGCGGGCUCAGGCAUUGCAAAGUCAGUGGAUACAGGUUAAAGCAGAAAAAGAUAAGGAGUUGCAAGAAGCACGUCGAUUGUAUGACUCAAAGUUCAAAAGUGUUUGUUGCUCCUCCAGACUGGCUGAGGUUUCCGAAGCUGUUGAAAGGUUGAAAACUCAAAUGCCCCGGAAGCAAGCAAAAUUGAAGAAACUGGAGGCGAAAUUAGAUGGCAUGGAAAAGACUCCUCUUAACCGCAACCUUUAUACUAAAAGAAUAUUUGAAAUGGUUGCUAGCAUUAAAAAACAACGAGAGGAAGUGGAAAAGAUUUUGGUAGAUAAUGCUGGAAUUCAAAAGGAAGUCGGAUCACUGAACGGGAAAUUGGAUCGGACUUUCACAGCAGUAGAAGAUCGACUUUAUGAAGAGGCUCAGCGUGACACCUCGAUGCAAAAAGCGUAUAGGCUAUUGGUAAAAAUCCAUGAGGAAUGCGCCGCUGUUAUUGCCAUUAUCGAGUCAACAGGAAAAGCAGAGAGAGAGAUCAAUGAAAUAAAUGACUUGAUAUCUGCCAUGCAACAAAAGGGACUUGACGAGAUGCUGGAAAAAGUAUUGAAUGACUGGAUGGCUGUUAAAGAAGAAAAUAAUAAGCUAAAAAAUUCAUUAAGUGGUUUAUCAUAA